AUUGGCCAACCGCCAGCGUGCAUCACUGUUGAGGCCACAGUGCAGCUGCAAAAAUGCCAAUAUUGUGUCUUUAUAUAGAACUGCGGCUUUGGUAACUCCAGAGCUGCAAUAUCUUAGUGAAAAUACUUUUUUAAACAGGUGUAAGUAUAACUGUAAACAAGAAUUACCCCAGAACAGCUGAGUGGUUGUAGUUUUUAGUUGUUUUCGACGCGUUUCCUAUGGACUGUUUAUAAACAGCUAGUUAGCAUUCAUAGCUAAAAAUGGUAGUGUUUGUGUGACGUGUGCCCAGAGCUGUCAACAAUGGCACCAUAAGGUGGAGAAGCUCUCAUGUGGCAGCAGACAGACUGAGAGGAAUGGCAGCAGUAACCAUGUUGUCUCAUUAGGCUGGCUGUGCAUUGGAGGUUUACAGUUCAUAAUGUCAUACAGUAACAGAGAGCUGGUGGAGUUCUUUAUAAGCUACAAACUGUCUCAGAGGAACUAUCCAACCUAUGUGCUGAGGCCAGAGGAUGCUGGUGAAAGGACUGAGGGAGACAUGGAAAACUCUGCUGCCAGUAAUGGCUUUUUGGCCAACAGCAGGAACCGUGCCGGCCAGUCAGUGAUGUCUUCAUCCCCACACACCGACAUAGAGGCUGUAAAGGCAGCUCUUCUGGACUCUGCAGAUGAGUUUGAGCUUCUCUUCACGCAGGCCUUUAGUGACCUUUCCUCGCAGCUUGACAUUACUCCCAACACAGCCUAUCACAGCUUUAAGAGUGUGAUGGACGAGGUUUUCAAGGAUGGAGUCAACUGGGGGCGUAUAGUAGGCCUGUUUGCCUUUGGCGGUGUACUGUGUGUGGAAUGCGUCCAGAAGGAUAUGGGUGAGCUGGUUUCCCGCAUCGCAGGCUGGAUGACUACGUACCUGGAUGAGCACAUUAGUGCAUGGAUCGAGAGCCAGGGAGGAUGGGACUGCUUUGUUGAAAUUUUCGGACGGGGCGCUGCUGGAGAAGUGAGGAGAUCUCGGGAAACUCUCACCAGAUGGCUGCUAGUUGGAAUGGCGCUGCUAAUGGGAGUUGUGGUUGGUGUUUACAUCGCUAAGAAACAGUAAAAGGCACUCCAUCUCAUCUGCUGUGGCACACCUUGUGUAGUGCUACGUACAUAAAAAGAAAAGGCAAGGCAAGUUUAAUCAUAGAGCACCAUUCAUACAUAGAGCAAUUCAAAAAGCUUUACACAGUUCAAAACAAACCAGAACUCAAAAGGUAAUGUUUACAAAAAGCCAGUCUGCUUUUGCACUGAGAGGAUCAGGGCUGGCUAAAGCAAGGAUGUAUGAUUAUUCAGAAUAUGUGGCUUGGUGAGCUGAUAUACUUCCACUAUACUAUUAUUUUCUUUUCUUUAACACACAGGAGAGAUUUACACUUUUUACGGGGUGUUACUCUCCAGACUGGAAGUGCUUUAAAUGAACCUGAUAAGCUAAGUCACAGUGAAACAGAAUCAGCUGGUUUGAUCACACUGCGUGUUUAUCUGUUUUUCUUUUAUUCUUUAUCCAAUGACCAACUCUUACUACUUAUGAACAGUCAGCUUACAGAAUAAAUACGUUAUAUUUUCUUUUCACUUUGUAUUGGCCAGCUGUACUGGAGUUUUAGGCAUGCUUCAAAAAAUAAAUAUAUUUAUGUUUUU